GUUCAAACUACCUACCUGUUAGGUAUGGAUGUAUACACACUGCCAUUGUUGACCUGUCUCUCGCCUCAUAUCGAUUAAACAUCUCUGGCUAACAGCUAGUAGACUUCUCCCAUCUCCCCAGAAUCUCCAUGGUGUAUAUGAUACACCUUGGUUCGAUAUCUCUCCGCAACUUUCGAUCUCCCAUUCCACCUCGAAUUGCUUCACCUUUGAUAAAACAUUGGUUCAGCUCCCUUUCCUACAAAAUGGCGCCGCCUAAAUCCGCUCUAGAUUUCUUAGACUUUGUUAAUGCCUCUCCCACACCUUACCAUGCGGUUCAAUCUUCCAUUGAACGUUUAGAGAAGGCCGGAUUCUCUCCAAUUAAAGAGAGAGACAACUGGUCCUCAACUCUCCGACCCGGCGGUAAAUAUUACAUGACCCGAAAUGGCUCUACCAUCGUAGCGUUUGCAAUUGGUGCCAAGUGGAAGCCCGGAAACCCUAUCGCGAUGCUCGGAGCCCACACAGACUCGCCCUGUCUACGUAUCAAGCCCGUGAGCAAGAAGAGCGGAGUCGGAUUUAUGCAGGUCGGCAUUGAGACCUACGGAGGUGGCAUCUGGCAUUCCUGGUUCGAUAGAGACUUGAGCAUUGCUGGUCGUGUGUUGGUCAAGGAUGGAAAGGGGAACUUCGCGCAGAAGCUGGUUAAGGUCGAUCGUCCCAUCAUUCGCAUCCCCACCCUCGCUAUUCAUCUCGACCGCUCGUCUAGUUUCGACCCCAACAAGGAAACCGAGCUCUUCCCGAUUGCUGGUAUGGUAGCUGCCGAGCUGAAUAGGACAGGCCAGAGUGACACGUCUAAGACAUCCGGUUCCGAGGCGGGACCUAACGAAACCUUCCAGCCACUCAAAGAGAUCACCGAGCGCCACCACCCGUACAUCAUCGAGCUGAUCGCUGAACACGCGGGGGUGCAGGUUUCGGAUGUGGUCGAUUUUGAGAUGGUGCUCUAUGAUGUGCAGAAGUCGUGCCUUGGCGGCUUGAACGAGGAGUUCAUUUACUCAGCUAGGCUUGAUAACUUGAACAUGACUUAUUGCAGUGUGAUGGGACUCAUAGAGUCUAUUUCCUCCGUCAGUCUCGACAAUGAGACCAGCAUCCGUUUAAUCACCUGCUUUGAUCACGAGGAGAUCGGCUCGACUUCGGCCCAAGGCGCUAACUCAGAUCUUCUGCCCGCUGUCGUUCGCCGUUUGUCUAUCCUUGCCGGUGGUCGUCACGGGGAUUCCGCAUCUGAUAAGUCUUGGGAACACGUCAGUUCGGAUCCUGACAUCGAUCUGUCCACUGCUUUCGAGCAGACGAUGGCGGCCUCGUUUCUUGUCUCGGCCGAUAUGGCCCACUCGGUUCAUCCCAACUAUGUGGGCAAAUACGAGUCCAAUCAUCAGCCUGAGAUGAAUAAGGGUACUGUCAUCAAGAUUAAUGCCAACCAGCGUUACGCCACCAACUCUCCGGGAAUUGUACUGCUACAAGAGAUGGCAAAGCGUGCGAGCGUUCCCUUGCAGCUUUUUGUGGUCAGGAAUGAUUCGUCUUGCGGCAGCACGAUUGGGCCUAUGCUUUCUGCGAAGCUAGGCGUGCGUACUUUAGAUUUGGGAAAUCCGCAACUGAGUAUGCAUAGUAUUCGUGAGACUGGAGGCACCUACGACGUCGACCACGCGAUCAAGCUAUUCGGUGCAUAUUUGUCACACUAUUCGGAUCUAGAGUCGAGAAUCCUCGUUGACUAAACUAGAUACCGGUGCAUAAAACGAAGCCUAUUAGAUAUGCCUAUAUGGGUUGUAUAUGGUAGGGCAGCAGCAUAGUUCCAUCUUGGAACCUUCAUUGCUCGUAUAUAACUAGGUAUGUAGACUAAGAUGCCGCCACAAAUACACAGAUCAAACUAUAGUAUAUAGGAGAUAUCCUAAAAUUGAUUGUGGGCAUUAUAGCCGACGCCCAUUGCAUAUAGAGUUCUAAGUAUGUUGCCAUCGAAGACUUUUGUCGCUUAUUAUCAUUGUUCAAUAGUCAGAUCAUACUUUGAAUUAUCAUAUAAAUCUCAGUAGCAGAACCGUAAAUAAAAUUAGUUCUCUCUGGCAGCGCCUUUUCUCGAAUUAUCA